UCUCACAACAUAAAUAUGCCCUCGAUAUCAUUCAGAGAGCUGGUAUGUCUUAAACCAGAGGAAAUAGUGGGGAUUGCUGGUAAACUAUCUGAUGCUGAAUCCAUGAUGGCGCUGAAAGAUUUCUUAAACAAAAUGGGGUCAAAUAAUGUGUGGUGUGAAGGAAAUGGACCUAGCCCAAAUGCUGAUCUUCGAUCUGGAUAUAUUAUGAACUGUGGCAUUAGUGGUCUUGAGAAUGCAGAUGUUUUCCUCUUGGUUGGCACCCAGCCAAGGGUAGAAGCUGCCAUGGUUAAUGCCAGAAUCCGCAAGACAGUUCGAGGAAGCAAUGCUAAGGUUGCUUAUGUUGGCCCUCCGACAGAAUUCAACUAUGAUUGUGAGCAUCUAGGCACUGGUCCUGAAACUCUUACUGAAAUUGCAGAGGGUCGCCACCCAUUUUGCUCAACACUUUCAAAUGCCAAAAACCCUGCCAUCGUUGUUGGUGCUGGACUCUUUGAGAGAUCAGACAAGGAUGCAAUUUUCUCUGCUGUUGAAACCAUUGCGAAAAAUGGAAAUGUUGUAAGACCUGAUUGGAAUGGUUUCAAUGUGUUGCUUCUCAAUGCUGCCCAAGCUGCAGCACUUGACCUUGGACUUGUGCCAGAAUCUAUCCAAAGUAUUGAGAGCGCCAAAUUUGUGUAUCUGAUGGGUGCUGAUGACGUGGAUUUGGAACAGCUUCCAAGUGAUGCCUUUGUUGUUUAUCAGGGGCACCAUGGGGACCGAGGCGUGUACCGUGCCAAUGUAAUUCUCCCAGCAUCAGCAUUCAGUGAGAAAGAAGGGAUAUGAAAACACAGAAGGGUGUGCGCAGCAGACUUUGCCUGCAGUUCCAACAGUUGGUGAUUCCAGGGAUGAUUGGAAGAUAAUUCGUGCUCUUUCUGAGGUAGC